GGACAUAUGUUGGCCAGUGAUAUCUACGCGUCCAUUGCCAUGGCCACGUCCAUGCGGGCUUCGCGAAGCGAGUCAGCAGCCACCAACUGCCCUGAACGAGUUGCCUUGGUUUUGGAUGAUGUGUAUGGCCGAUGGUUUGCCAUGAAGAUCGAUGCGCUGCUCUUGAAUGACCCCUUUGUUGUUCUCGAAGCAGGCGACAGUAAGGAGGACUUGAUGAAUCGACUACGGCAGUCUAUGUUGCUCCACUGCCAGUUCUAUGAGUCGCAGAAGACUUGUGACGGUGUGCGAAAUGCCAGGUUUCAGGAGCGUUUUGGAAGCUCCAAGCUGCUUCAACAACAUUACAGUGCCAGGGCCCCAACGAGAUCGGUGUGCUAUGGUCCAAUGCUACCGGGAACUGGUUGAGAAGAACUGUCGCGCAGUUGUGCAAGGGGAACUCGUGGUGGUAGCAGAUCUGCAGCUGCACAACAAGUGUGCUUGAAACCAGAUUGUCCUUGUAUCGGUCAAUAACAGUGAAAUGGCGAGGCUUGAUGCAUGAACAACCUCCUCCGUGUUGGUAUCAUCAUGUCGACUCAAUCCGUGCAGUUCAUGUGUGCGAGGGCAUCAAGCAAGCAAUCCCAGUGACGUGCGAGCAGACACGGUAGGAAAAAGGUUGGACGUCUUAGGGUUGGGGCUGCUUCUUGUUCGUUUGGAGUUGUUUGAUUUGGU